AUGCCGUGCAACACUUCCACCAACUAUUUUGCCACCUCCGAUUUCUUUAUUUUCUCUGUCCACUUGAUUACAAUCAUCUCCACACCAUUCCAUAUUUUUGGUGCAUUUUGCAUUUUGAGCCGAACACCAAAACUGAUGUCAUCAGCCAAAUCCACACUUCUGAAUCUCCACAUCACAUCUUCGAUUCUCGAUUUGGUUUACGGGUGUCUGGCGUGCCCAUUUAUUAUGUCACCCACCAUUUCGAUGGUGUUUUUUGGGGUUUUGGGAGGAUUUUUGGAUGGGGCUGGGAUUUAUUAUUUGGUGAUUUUGUCGAUUGCAUUGACGGCUAAUGCGAUGGUUGUGUUGUUUGAGAAUCGAUAUCAUUGCUUGGUAAACGGACAGGAGAGCGUGAGUUUUAAGGGGAUUCCUUAGGGUCCUUAGGCUUAGGUGUAACCCGAAGAGCAAAUUCUUAGGACAUUAACCAUGUUGUUGUUGGUGAAGUAGAACUUUGAGAAAAUUCCGAAAUUGUUGUAUAAAAAUUUUGAAACAGUGAAUUUUUUACGCUCAAAAAUUAGGAAAAUUCAGUGCCACGUGGAUUUUUUAACGUCUGAAUUACCAAUGCAUGGAAAAUAACUUUGAGAAAAAUCCUGAAAUUUUCAUAUGGAAAUUUUGAAACAGUGAAUUUUCUUUUAACAAAAUAAAAAUUUAAAAAAAAGAUUUUUUUGAAAAUGAAGGUGAAAAUUAAAUUUUCCUAAUUUUUCGUUCUCAAAAAUUCACUGUUUCGAAAUUUUUAUACAAAAAUUUCGGGAUUUUAGUGAUGAUAACAGCAUUUUUUUCAAAUUUUUUAAGGCCAAAAAUCCACGUUGCACUGAAUUUUCCCAAUUUUUUGUCCUCAAAAAUUCACUGUUUCGAAAUUUCUAUUCAAAAAUUUCGGGAUUUUUGAAAAUCUUCAGUAGCUCCUCUAAUCCAUUUCUGAAUUUUCUUAAUUUUCUGAGCGUAAAAAAUUUACUGUUUCAAAAUUUCUAUAUAAAAAUUCCUGAAUUUUCCAAAAUUUAGUGAGUGAACAACCCAAAAAUCCAAAAAAAUCUUCCAGAAAUCCCGUCAUCGUCGUCCGAUCUUCUUCGCCAUCAAUAUAAUCUACACUUUCAUCUGCCCAAUUCCAUUGCUCAUAUUUGCUCCAAAUCAAGCCGAUGCCAACAUCUACUACCAAGAUCAACUCCAAAAAUAUCAUCCGUGUAUUUUGGAGUCGAAAAAAUCCGAGAUUUUCGUGUUGGCAAUCGAUGGAUGGCUUCUCAUGUUCUCAUUUUCAUUAACCUCAAUUUUCUACGUUUCACAAAGUAUCUAUUUUGUGACAUUCACGAUUUGGAGUCUGAAUCGCGUCAAAACUAGUGCCUCGAAGUUGACACUGAGCCUUCAGCGAAGAUUUAUGGUGGCGAUUGUGGUGCAAAAGGCCGUGCCGACGGUGUCGCUGGCUAUUCCCGUGUUUUUUAUGGCCGCUAGUAUUUGGAUGGAUUCGAGUAAUCAGGGUGAGCAUUUUCGUAACUAAAAUUUAGAAAAUCCAGAAUUUUUUUAUGAAAAUUUUGAAACAGUGGAUUUUUUCCGGGUGAAAAAUUGGGAAAAUUCAAUUCCACGUCGAUAAUUUAGCGUCUAAGAAGUUCUAGAAAUUUUUUUGAAAAUCUCGAAUUGAAUCUGAAAAUAAAAAUUUUUUAGAUAGAAAUUUCGAAACAGUGAAUUUUUUCAAGCUAAAAAAUUCGGAGAAUUCAGUGCCACGUGGAUUUUUGGAGAAAAAAUGUCAAAAAUUUAAUCGAAUGAUUUUAGUGAAUUCAUAAAUUUCUUAUGAAAGUUUUGAAACAGUGAACUUUGGACCCAAACUUGAUUCCUUAUUUUAUUUUCAAAAAUUUAGAGUCAAUUCUCAAAAGAAAAAUCGAAUUUAGAAAAUCCAGAAAUUGUCAUAUAAAAAUUUCGAAACAGUGAACUUUUUAAAGCUAAAAAAUUGCAAAAAUUCAAUGCCACGUGGAUUUUUGACGCGAAAAUGCUUAGGAAAUGUAUAAAAAACACAAUAAUGUUAUUGAAAUUGAAAAUAAAAUUUUUUUUAGAUAGAAAUUUUGAAACAGUGAAUUUUUUUCAAGCUAAAAAAUUAGGAAAAUUUAAUGUCACAUCGCAAGGUUAAAAUUUCAAAAAUUCAGAAAUUUUCAUAUAAAAAAUUUGAAACAGUAGAUUUUUUGAGGUCACCCAGAAAUUUGGAAAGUUCAAUGCCACGUGGAUUUUUUAACGUCUAAAUUCACGAAAAAUUAAUUUUCAUCUUCAAUUUCAAAUAUUUUUGCUUGCCGUUAAUUUUCAAUGCCACGUGGAUUUUUUAGCGUCUGAGAAGUUCUAGAAAAUUUAUAUAUACCACCAAAUUGAAAAUCACGAAUUGAAACUGAAAAUAAAAAUAUUUUUAGAUAGAAAUUUUGAAACAGUGGAUUUUUUUAAGCUGAAAAAUUAGGAAAAUUCAACUUCACGUGGAUUUUUGGGCAAAAAAAAUCAUUAAAAUUUAAAAGAAAAAGAAAAUUUUAAUCUAAUGAUUUUAGUAAAUUCAGAAUUUUUUAUAUAAAAAUUUUGAAACGUAGAUUUUUGAGGUCACCCAGAAAUUUGGAAAAUUCAAUGCCACGUGGAUUUUUGACGCGAAAUGCUUUGCAAACUGAUGUAUACCUCCAAGUUGAAAAAUACAAAUUGAAAUUCAAAAAUCAAAAAUUUUUAUAUAGAAAUUUUGAAACAGUGAAUUUUUUAAGGAACAUUUCAUCAAGCGAAGCAAGUGUAAAUCGCAAGCUUAUACUUACACAGGCUAACAUGAGCAAUCCCAUUUUACAGCAAUCCCAUUUUUUUCCAGCCAUCACCAACAUCUUCCUAAUCCAAGUUUCCCUGCACGGAAUCAUCGCCACAUUAGCCAUGUUAAUAAUGCAUAAACCAUAUCGACAAGCAGUUUCACAGUGUAUUUUUGGGUGUAAUUGGCGAUUUCAUGAUUUGUCGAGUCGAACUUCGAUUUCUGUCACACAUAUUCAUUUGAAACAUCAGUUUUCCUAAAUUUUUUAAUGAAAAUUUUAUUUUUUUUGUAUAAUUUUUGAAACAGUGAAAAUUUCUAGCUAUUUAUUUUUUGUUGCCAAUUUAAUUUUAAUUUUUUUUUAUUUAAUUUUUUUUUUUACAUUUUUUAUUGUAAAAUUUUUGAAACAGUGAAAAUUUCUAGCUAUAUUUUUGGUACCCAUUUUUUUCAAUUGUAUUAGAGAUUACUCAAAUUAGAUUUAAUAUCUGAAUUUUUUUUUGAAACAGUAAAUUUUUGAGCCAAAAAAUUCAAUUUUCACGUGACCCAGAUUUCAAAUUUUUUUUUUGAAAACUCAAAAAAAUCAGAAACCCCAUCAGUUCUAAAUUUCAGUCCUCCACUAUCAGGUGAGUUCUUCUAACUUCCAGAAUCUACAGUAAUCUAGAAUAUUUUUUCAGCAAGCAAAAUGGGUGUUGAAUUAUCUCUUGAUCCACCAGUUUGUCCAAUUCAGGCGAUGGGCGGAAAAUCGACACAUAAAAUGACGAAUCAUACGGAUAGACAUAUUGCAUUCAAGGUGAGCUGAAUUUACAACGACACUCCGCGUUUACACCUUUGAAAAUAUAGUUUUUAGCACAAAAAAUUCAAAUUUUUCUCGAAAUUCCAAUAAACAACGACACUCCGCUGUUACUUCCAGAUCAAAUCCUCAAACAACUCCAACUACAGUGUCAAUCAAAUCUUCGGAAUCAUCAAAGUUUGCGAAACUUUUCAAUUGAUCAUCACCCGAAAACCGGGAAAACCGCAAGCCGAUAAAUUGGUCAUUCAAUACGUGGCAGUUGGUGAAGAUGUUAAUGAUGCCAAGGCUUUUUUCGCGGGUCCAAAUCCACCGACUGGAGUUUUUGAGGGCGAAACUGUCAUCAAAUUGUCGGCUGCUGAAUGA